AUGGCUCCAUCACAACCCCAGACGACACCUGAGGCGGAUCCUCAGUCAUCGCAGGUACCUGAUCGUGCUCAUGAGGCUGCACCUGAGCGUGCACCUGCGGCGCCUCAGGCUUUUGGAGGAGGACCAUCUGAUUUAUCUCAUUUUCCUCUUUACCCCGACCAUGUUGCUAGACAUAUCUGGGACGGACGGUUGAAAGAUUUGACCCAGUGUAGAUACAUCCUAGUUAACUGGGAUAUGAUUAACGCUUUCGUUGAGAGGUCACAACAUGAGACGUCGUUUCACCUAUCACAUGGUGAUAUGACGAUGACACUCAUCUACAUCGCGUGUCUGUUGCAUGUUUCGAUCAGAGGGACAUUCUUGGAUCAUGAGAGGAUCGAUAAAUAUGAGGCGUUGUAUAUGUUGGUUGAGAGGAUGGAAGUUACCCUCGAGAGUGCCAUGGGAGAGAUUGAUAAAUCCCGAGGUAGUUACAUCAUGUAUAGUUAUUUGACUCAGGUGUUUAUGGAUGAGAUACGACGUGCACGAGAGGAUGAUGGUGAUCUCGAGCAGGUUACCAUUCACAGGAUGUUUUCUAUGAGGGCAUUCCUUUUGUAUCUUAUUGGAACACCGAUUUUUGUGGACACUAGUGUUACUUACAUCGAUAUCAUGUACCUUUGA